GUUGCUGUAGGACUAAAACCCUCAGCUGUUUCUCACACAGUCUCUGUAUCUCUGCUACUGUUGGGGUUUGGAUGGAGAAUUCAGCUAUGAAGAAGAAGAAGCAAGUGCUUCUCUAUUACUGUGUUGAGAUGGAAGAUGUUGCUCGCAAAAUAGCUUCGGAAUCCGAUUCUAUUAUCCUCCAUUCUAUUAACUGGAGGAGUUUUGCUGAUGGUUUCCCAAAUCUCUUUAUAAACAAUGCACAUGAUAUCCGCGGGCAGCAUGUUGCUUUUCUAGCAUCUUUCAGCUCACCUGCAGUCAUCUUUGAACAGCUUUCUGUGAUAUUCGCACUUCCAAGGCUGUUUGUCGCCUCAUUUACGCUUGUGUUACCUUUCUUCCCAACUGGUACCUUUGAGAGGAUGGAAGAAGAAGGAGAUGUGGCCACUGCAUUUACCAUGGCCAGAAUAAUAUCAAAUAUUCCAAUAUCAAGGGGUGGUCCAACCAGCUUAGUUAUCUAUGACAUACAUGCAUUGCAGGAGAGGUUCUAUUUUGGAGAUCAUGUGCUGCCUCUGUUUGAGACUGGAAUUCCACUGCUGAAGCAACGGCUUCAGCAGCUUCCUGACUCUGAAAAGAUAGUUAUAGCCUUUCCUGAUGAUGGAGCUUGGAAGAGGUUUCACAAGCAACUAGUUCAUUAUCCCACUGUUAUCUGCACUAAAGUGCGUGAAGGUGAUAAGAGAAUCGUCAGGCUAAAAGAGGGUAAUCCUGCUGGCUGUCAUGUGGUCAUUGUUGAUGAUUUGGUCCAGUCCGGAGGUACCCUAAUUGAAUGCCAGAAAGUUUUGGCCGCUCAUGGUGCAUCAAAAGUUAGUGCUUAUGUGACCCAUGGAAUUUUCCCAAACCGGUCAUGGGAGCGUUUUCUUCACAAGAAUGAUGGCUCCGAGAAAGCAUUCACUUACUUUUGGACCACGGAUUCAUGUCCUCAUACUGUGAAAGCCGUCGCUAAUAAUGCUCCAUUUGAAGUUAUUAGUUUGGCAGGAUCAAUAGCUGAUGCUCUUCAAAUCUAAGAAUACUAGACAGGAUCAGUUAUACUGGGAAGAAUGUUUGAUAAAGUUGUUCACUGACGUGUUGUGAGGGAUCUUAUAAAUUGCAUAGUUGUGACAUUGCUGAUUUGCUGUUGUAACAGAAACUUGUCUUGUUGCUUACCUGUGGAACAGUCACUGUUUGUUCUAUGCUAUGAACUCUUAU